CUCAUCGCUCCUUCCUUCCUGUGAGUGCGGAGCUGGGAAAGAAAGGAAGCAAGGAAGAAAUAAGGGAACAGAGGGAAGGGAGAACGAAUACGGAGCUGUCCAUUUCAGAACCACGCACGGAGGCUUCGGAAAUGACUACCCGUUUCUCGCGGGGAAUACCGGUGUUUAAUUAAGUUGAUGUUUUUCAUCGCCCGUGUCUAUGUAGGUGGGAUAUUCCAUCAAUGAUUAAUAAUAUCACUGCCUGUUUUUAAAUCUCCCCGGGACUGGCACACACGCUCGCUUACAAUUCACUGGCUGUAAACUACGAAUACUGCUUCCGAAUUGCUCAUCGCUGUCUGUCUGGUGUGAAGAACAAUGUGUGUCCAGAACUAGAGAAGAGCAACUGGCACUAUCUCCCUGGGCUUCAUGAUGCAACAGAAUCACACAAGCAGUGGGGGAGAGGGGGAGCAGCGCUAACAACAAAGAAGAGAAGGAGAGAGAGAGGAGGAGGACAGAGGGAGGGAGAAGGAAGACAAGAGAGAGAGGAGGAGGAGUGAGAGACAGAGGAGAGAGGGAGAAAGAAAGAUAGAGAUAAAGAAAGACUGCAGCCAUGUCCCAGAUGGGUAAGAUCCUGCACCUCUACGUGGAAGUAAGAUCAGUCCCAGAGGAAGUGGGGGGACCAGUAGGGGAGAUGUCGAGGGGUAUAGACAGAGGGGGGGUCGUCAGGACAGAAUCCCAGUCAACACCCCCCAAACAGAGACGGCCAGCCCCCAGCCCCUCUGUCCCAUCAGAAACAGUGCUCAAGCACAGCACCCAGAACACUCCCAGCAGCUCCAAUAAGCCCCAGGCUCGACUGACUGCAUCCCCCCAGCAACACUGCCAGCAGCCAGCCAGCCCCAGGGAGCAGGCUGCACUGCAGAGACAGAGUCUGCUUUCCGAUUGGCCCAGGCGAGAGGGGGUCGGGGGGCCGGAGCUGGCCAAUCACAGGACAGUUCCCCUGAAGCGUACAAGAUCAGAGUGCAAGCCGUUCAGAGGGGGCUGCAGCUCGCCCAUCCCAACUGGCAGGACCACCGCUCCAGCGACGCCGAGCAAUGGGAGGAGGGGAGGGACGGGGGAAGGGGGAUGCGAGGGCCGGAGGUCAGUGGUCACCUAUGGCUACAUCGAGAAGGCUAAUGUGAAGACUGUGUCCAGCCCCUAUCUGUCAAGCCGGCGCCCUGAUAAGAAGCUGCAAGAGGAGCCGGUGUGCGUGGAAAACCAGGGGCUCUCUCCUGGCCCCAGCCCCAAACUGGUGCACCUUGGAUCAACCAGCAGCCAUCCUGCCACCGCUCCCGGGCUGCUCCGCAAAACUCUGAGCUCCAUUGCUAAGGCAGCCACCAGCCGCGCCCUGGAGGAAUUUGGGUCACCGCAACUGAGAAGGAGAGCAGCGACCCAGGUGGGUUACCAACAAACCCAGCAAAACCAGCAAAACCAGCAGCCGCGGUGCCAGUCCUGGACUGGGAGCCCAGUGUUGUCGGGACGCAAUAACCCGAGAAUGCCCAGGUCAUCUUGCACCAUGCCUAGGAGCCCGGCCAGCGACCAGCUCUCUUCCCAGGGCCAGGGAGCAGACAGCCAGGAUCCCACCUCCCAAAGCAUGACCCUGACACCCCAGGUGCAGCAGUGUUGGACGGGCAGAGAGAGCCCCAGACUGGCCUCCAAACUGAGCCCAGCCCUGGAGACAGGGCCAGGAAGGCCGGCCGGCAUCCUGCACCACAGCCCCCAGCUGCAGGUCAGCAGCAAUAGCCCCAGGCUCUGCCACAGAGUCAACUUCAAGCUGGGGGAUUCAGGGCCCACUGAGGGAGGAGGGGGACAAAUUUCUCCAGCCAACAGCCCCGAAGUGGCUCGCAAGCUGGCUCAGGAGGCUAGCAAGCUGUCCUCCAUUUUUCAGGCCAGGAGCUCCCAGUCUCCCACUCCUCCCCUUGACAGUCCCAGGAUGGAUGCUCACAAACUGGGGCGCCCUGUUUCUCCUGCUGCUGGUCUCCAGUACUCCAAAUACUCCCAACAAAGGAUAGACCUUCAGAAGACAGAGCCGGAACACACUAAGGAUUCAGCAGUGGAGUCACCCAGCUUGAGACAGCAAAGGAGCGACGCCCAGGGGACAGACAGUCUGAAGCCUGGACACAACACAGGGACUGUGUCCACGGUCAGGCCUGCAAAGUCCUCCCCCGUGAGAGCCAGGCAGCAGCAGCGGGACAGUCCAAAACCACGGAGACACCCAGAUGGACAUCAGCGGGGAGACACAGGGGGUGCUGACUGUCCAAAUAUCCAGAACCAGUAUGUAGAGGACAGGGGCUCGCCCAGCGCGGAAAUGAGACAAAGAGAGGAUGCCCCCAGUCCAAAAGCUGGACAACAUGUUGGACAGUGUCCAAGCAGAGCGUCCUCUGUGAUGCACGUGAAACAGGGGGACUCCCCCAGCCUGAGGACAGAACAGGAGGGACAGAGGGACAGUCCGAGGCUUGUACAUCGUCCUGGACAGUGUGAGGGUCAGGCGUCUCCGGGAUGUGGUGGGAGAGACAGUGUGGUCAGCUCAGGCCAGCAGACUGGACAGACAGGGGCCCUCAACGUUUCACAAGAGUCCAACACCAGCCGCAAGAAGAAAGGGAGAGAGGACUCCGACUCUCAGUCGGUCAGCCUGUCCUGCUCGCUUGUCCCCUCCAUGCACUCUCAGAGAGUUGCCCGCGCAAAGUGGGAGUUCCUGUUCGGGACCAUGUCCGAGGACAGCGCAGCUACGGGGGUCAAAGACCCCCAGGACUCCACCACGCCCCCUAGUGUCGACUCCUCGAGCAAUUCUCACACCACUCUGACGCCCCCCUGCUCGCUGGCCCUGAGGGGCAGAGGUGAGGCUCUAGCCAAUCACAGCGUGCAGCAUGUGGAGGUGGAGCUGGUGACCCCGCCCCCUGCGGUGGGAGGGGCCUGCCCACGCACAGGGAUAAUCCGGCGUACACUGCAGUACUCGGAGACCGACCUGGACGCCGUGCCACUGCUCUGCUACCGUGAGACCAACAUCGACGAGCUGCUGGCAGAGCAGGAUGAGGCAGACUCCGCCUUCGGCAGCAACCGCAGCGUCAUCGCUACUAGCGAGGAGGAGGAGGGGGGCUGGGGGGACAGGAAACACCGGCGCGCCGCCCCUGAGAAGGAGGAAUUGUUUACCCUGGGCCUGGAAUGCCUCUCCUCUCAGUCUUCACUGGGCACCACUCUCAAGUCCCCAAUUGAUAUUCCGGCUCCCCGCCACGCCUUGGAGGAGGGUCUGGACACAUUCAGCCGGCACUUUGAGAGCAUCAUGGAGUCCCACCGUGCCAAGGGCACGUCCUACAGCAGCUUGGACAGCGAGGACCUCCUGUCCUCGAGCCAGACCGUCUUCACCUUUGACCUGCCCACGCUGACCCCCGAGAUCCAGGGUCUGAUCUGCCAGAGCGCGCGCCUCAUCGAGCUCAGCUUCGCCCCCCUGGCCCCCGGAGAGACCCCCGGCCUGUCCACCACAGACUCCGCCCACACCCGCACAGACUCCGCCCACACCACCGCCCCCGAGAGCAGCGGGGAGGAGGGCACCGCCGGGAAUACUUCCAGUGAGCGCCCACCCACCCUGGACUCGGACCCGGAGUCGGACCUGAUUGAGCGAUUGUGCCUGGGCAGCACCGACACGCUGACCAAUGGGAGCAGGGUGGACAGGAACUCUGCCAAGCGAUUGGCUAAGAGACUGUACAGCCUGGACGGGUUCAAAAAAUCUGACGUGGCCAGACACCUGAGCAAGAAUAAUGAGUUCAGUAAGAUGGUGGCGGAGGAGUAUCUUCACUUCUUCAACUUCACAGGAAUGAGUCUGGAGCAGGCGCUGCGAGCCUUCCUGAGGGAGUUUGCUCUGAUGGGCGAGACUCAAGAGAGGGAGAGGGUGCUGGCUCACUUCUCAUGCAGAUACCUGACCUGCAACCCCAGCGUCAUCACCUCCGAAGACGGAGUACACACACUGACCUGCGCGUUGAUGCUGCUCAAUACAGACCUGCACGGACAUAACAUUGGGAAGAGGAUGACCUGUCCUCAAUUCAUCGCUAAUCUAGAAGGGCUCAACAAUGGAGCAGACUUUCCCAAAGAUCUCCUCAAGGCCCUGUACAGCGCCAUCAAGACUGAGAAGUUACAGUGGACAAUUGACGAGGAGGAGCUGCGCAAGUCGUUCUCAGAGCUGGCUGACAGUCACAGUGACUCCACCUCCCGCACCAUGAAGCGAAUCAACAGCUGUGGAAACCCCUUCCUGAGCGCGUCCCAGCCGGCCAGCACGCUGACCUACAAGCAGGGCUUCCUGGUGCGCAAAGUGCACGCUGACCCCGACGGCAAGAGGACCCCACGAGGGAAGAGAGGCUGGAAGAGCUUCUACGCUAUUCUGAAGGGACUCAUCCUCUACCUGCAGAAGGGGGAGUACAGGCCUGACAAGCAGCUCUCAGAUGAGGAUCUGAAGAACGCUGUCUCCAUCCACCACUCCCUCGCCAUGAAAGCUGCCGACUACAGCAAGAGACCCCACGUGUUCUACCUGCGCACCGCGGACUGGAGGGUCUUCCUAUUCCAGGCACAAGAUGCUGAUCAGAUGCAGUCGUGGAUCACGCGAAUCAACACUGUGGCAGCCAUCUUCUCAUCUUCGCCUUUCCCGGCGGCCAUCGGCUCCCAGAAGAAAUUCAGCCGGCCCCUGCUCCCUGCCAGCAGCACCAAACUAUCACAGGAGGAGCAGGUCCAGUCCCACGAGGCUCGGUUCCGCGCCACCUCGGCAGAGCUGGCAGAGCUGUGCUCCUACCCCCCCGAACGCAAGGUGAAGGGGAGAGAGCUGGAGGAGUACAGGCAGAGGAACGAGUACCUGGAGUUCGAGAAAACUCGUUACGGUACGUACGCGAUGCUGCUGCGCGCCAAACUGCGCUGUGGGGAGGAGGAUCUGGCGCGAUUCGAGUCACGGCUGUUCGAGGGACCCGAGGCCGAGGACAAUGGGCUCCAGAGAGUUCAGUCUAGCCCAACCCUUCCCCAUGACCCCAGCCAGGGAGGGGCCGCGGGCCAGGGCAAGCGUAGCGAGGGCCAGCGACACAGCUAUAGGCAGGCAGUGAAGCAGUGAGGGGAGAGGACCACAGGAGGGCGCUCUUGCACACAGGGGAAGGGAGGGGCUAUGCACAGUCCUCACUGCUCCUCACUCUCACCGGCCAAUGGGAUCCAUGGAGGUCACCUGACUGACAGGCUGACUGACGCGCUAACAGGAAGUGAACUGAAUCAGUGAGUUGUCUGUCUGUCUGUCUGUCUGUGUGUAGCUGGUCUGAAUCUCCAGCAGGAAUGUGAAGCUACCAUCCUUCAGUCUCAUCGCUCGCAUGUUAGUGUUUCAUUCAGGAGGUUUGUUUUCACAGAAUUAUCUCUAAAACGCUUGGAGGCUCCUGUCUGAAUUACCUUUUUUAAAUUAUUUUUAUGAAAAUCUGAAAUAUUUCCAGGCAAAAUUUUCAUGGAAGAAGUUGGAAGCUAAGCUCUGUGUUUCAGUGAAUGAUGCUGCUUGCUCUUUUCGUGAAGCCCAAUUUGCAUUUUUUAAAAGAAUCAACUUUAUCAAGUCAUUUAAAGCUGCUGUCAGAUUGACACUGACAAAGAAAGACUUCUUCUAGGAAGCGAUCGCUACAGUCGGAAUUGCUUUCGCGAUCAACUUUCCCCUUUCCCAUGAAUGCUACAGAUGUGCAUGCUCUUUUUGGGGAAAUACUUGUGAAAAGUUCAGCUCUGAACUUUUUCUUCCUGAUUUAAAAAGGAAUGGCUAUAUUCACUGUGAUCAGAAACAUGACACUCAGUGUUGUUGUCAGCACUGCCCAGCGCUUGGUUUGCCUGAUUUCAAUCCAGCUCCUCAGAUUGACUGGCUACAGCAGGAGAAUCAUGCAGCCAGAUUUCAUCAUGCAAACUUGGAAACUUCCCUUGAAACGUCAUCUUUUAGAGAUUGUUUUUAUUAUUGUUUGUUUUUACCUCCUCAUAGGAACAUCACACUUUCUGAACAACGUUUUAGGGAUUAAAAAAUGUUGAUGUUUUGCAACAAAAAAAGAUUUAGACUCCCAAAUACAGUAUAUUUAUCCAAAAUGAUUUAUUAUUUUAUUAAAAUGUUUGGAGAAUACUGUACAGUGUAAAACACAGAUCAGAACAAUUCUUAGUAACAGCUUCUUAGUAAUUAAGUGUGGAUCGUUUUGCAUUCUACACAGACGAGACAGCACGGACGUUCACAGAGUCCUGCAGUUAUAUACAGAGGAGACAGCAUGGACGUUCACAGAGUCCUGCAGUUAUAUACAGAGGAGACAGCAUGGACAUUCACAGAGUCCUGCAGUUAUAUACAGAGGAGACAGCAUGGACGUUCACCAAGUCCUGCAGUUAUAUAUAGAGGUAACAGCAUGGACGAAUGGGUCGUGUGUUGUUUAGUGAUCCUCACGAGUGAAAGAGACCACAGCACUCUGUGCACCUUCAGAGAGUACUCUGUUUAUAUAACAAGGAUGACUAUGGAAAAGAAGCUAUGCUUAAACCUAAAUUAAACAAGAAUCGGUUUCUCUAGGUCGAGCUCUGCAUCUGCUUAGCAACGCGCGGUGUGAUUUGGAACAGUGUGAUUCACCCGCUCAUUCUAUUUUUAAAUGAAUUUGAAUGAAUGCAAGAUACUUUAGAUUCCAAAAUGAGAGCAGGUAAAAAAAAAAAUGUAAUAAUAAUUCAAUCAUUGAAUGUGACAAACGUAUUGCUGGUAUGUCAUGACUUGCUUGUAUGUACUUCUAUAUUAAGGAAUGUAUUUUCUGAAUUGUUUUAUUUCUGUCUGUAUUUAUGUAUUUAUUGGUGUACAGUAUAUUUAUUUGUUCAGGGGCCUGGUGCAUCUUCACCCUACCCGUGCUUGUAAAUGACGCUGAGCAGCAUGUCUUUCAAAAUGGAGCUAAAACGAACCCUCUCAAUGACUCCUGUUCUCACAGCGAUGUCAGACAACAGCGAUGAAGAAAGAGUAUUCUCUUUGAUGGAGUAUGUCUGUUAUCCUGUGGGCUCGCUAGCAUUGAGACAAAGCUGUUUACUCCCAUUAAAACAUCAUUAGUAUAAUGUUUUCAGAAAGGAGAAAACGCACCUAAUAACAUUAGCAAACCAGAAACAAACAACUCUGACUUUUAAUUUAAGGUCUGGAAGCAUCCUUACGAUUCUUCUUCAUUUUAAAAUCGUUAUUGGGGUUAUUUUUUCAUGGGGAUUAAAAUUGCACAAUUGUCCCUUGUUUCAGUCCAUUCUGUAUUGGGAAUCUCAGUGAAUCACAUGCUGUCUGAAUGGCCGUUUGAUUUUUUUUCCCAUAUAUUUUAUUUUCUGAAUAGCAAAAACACCAAGUAUGCAUCUCAACUAAAUAACAAACAACUUAAUACAUCAUUCAAGCCCCUAAAUUGAAAGUCUUCUUAACUUUAUUGGGUUAGUUUCUGUUUUCUGAAAAAAUUGUGCUACUAACGAAUCGGAGUAAACAGCUUUGAGAAUUUAGCAACAACAAAGCAAAGGAGUAAAGUGCUGACCGAGAUAGGUUCCGUACGGAGAACGACUGACGGUUAGUAAACUGAAGGGGAUACUUUGUAAACUAUUUACUCCCCGACUGUGUGAGCUCUAGGAAAGUGUGAGGGGUGGACUUUACAAUGGGGGUGCACCUUUACCGUGCACGCACACGCUUUAAACAGUAAACACCAAGCCAACAUCUUUACAAGGAGGAACUGAAGAGGAAAUCAACCAGCACGAGAACAAGCAGGAAUAUUGGGUCCUCUGACGUUCUGACUCCUAAGCCAUUGGAUUUCAAAGCCAUCCUCUGUGUCUCAGUUACACAGACUGCAGUGCUGCCCUUGCUUCUUCAGCCUACUAGGUGUCCCUGCUGAGAACUAAAAAAAAGUGUUGGAACUGUUCUCAUCUGGUGAUGUGUGGGGUACUGCAGCUACCAUACUCAUGGGCCAGCAGCUAUCCUGUGCUGCUGUUAGAAAAUAAAGAACUACAAGGGUAUACACCUACAUUAUUUUUAAGGCUUAAUUCUUGAUUUCUUUUUUUUUUAAUAAGUUUGUAAAAUAUUGUAUCAUUUCAAAAUGUAUUAAAGUUGCUGGUUUUCUGACCCUCCAAUACCAAGUUCUCUAUACUAGACUGUAUUGAAUUAGCUGGCUCUCAAAUCCCCAGUACAAUACUGAGUUCUCUAGGCUGUAUUGAAUUAGCUGGCUCUCAGUCCCCAAUACAGUACUGAGUUCUGAAUACUAGACUGUAUUGAAUUAGCUGGCUCUCAGAUCCCCAGUACAGUAUUGAGUUUUCUAUAUGUCUUUCUGAAUUUUCUUUAUUGAGAAGCACUUCCAAAGAAUCUUGGGUGUGCUACAAGCUACAUGUAUUAUUAUUAUUACUAUUUUUCUUAUUCUUAUUACUAUUAUUAUUGUUAUUUAUAAUAAUUUCUAUUGGCUGUUGCUUGCUGACAGAACUGUGGUGUUGAAUUAGCCCAUUCUGUGUAUGUAGAUUUCACUGACGCGUGAUUGACUGACUGUCCCCUGGAGGUGACGGGGUCCCUUACAAAAAGUUCACCUUGGUAAAUUUGCACAGAAAGUCUGCAGUUUUCCCCCAUGGUUAUACUAGGCAUUUACCAUAGUUUACCAUGGUUUGGCAUGUGUUUUUUUAAACACGCUUGCCAUACCUCUCUGUGUUUAAAGUGGUUACACUGUGCUGUAUUACACUUAGCCAUGCUUUUACUAUGGGAAACGUUUCUAAGGGCCUCGUGGUAAGAGCUGAGGGACCUGGUCGUUCUAGUAAUCUCAAGUUUUGUUCUUUAUAUAUCUAUCUCGCUCAAUCCUACGUUUGGAGGUACAAAAGGAAAGGCACUCCCGUGGAUGUGGUUUUAGAAACAGAUGUUAGAAGAACAUGCACGUAAAAGGUUUUUAUUUAUUUAUUUUUUUUAAGAAUUUCCUUCCUUUUUGGUUGCACUUUAAAAUGUAAGAUUUUAAAAGACCAGGCGUAGAGAUUUGUUGUUGUCAUUUAAAACAGGGCUAUAUCCUUUUGAAGAAUCCAUUUCUUCAACAUCAAUGUACGGAAACAAUCCAUGCUUGCCGAUAUUUCCUCAUCAGGACCUCUGAUAUAAAUUGUAAAUAUCUGGAGAAUGAUCAGUGUUUCCCUUGGUUUUUUUUUUUUUCAAUCUAAUAAAGUUACCAGGAGAAAACGCUCUCCGAGUUAUUUUGCAGAUAAAUGAGAUCUCUUGAGAGUUUAAAAAGAUUGUAUUUUAACACUGUUUUAUAUACAUGUACUAAAAACACAAAGACUGUAGAAAUUGGUGGUACUGCAGCUCCAUGUUCUAGUUAGCUUCAAAUGGUUUUAUUUCUAAUUAAACAGCCUGUAAACAAAUGAAUCUGUACGCAGAAUAUACUAUUUGUAUAUUUCGCUUCUUUGUUGUUUUUUGGGAAGGUGUAGCUGAUGAAUAAAACAGGACAUUGUUUAAAACAGGA